AAAGCAGAGAAAUCUCCUCAUCAUCACGUUACAGAGCAUCUAAGCCACGUGCUUUACUGUUCACUCCAUUAAAAUUUGAGUGCCAGACUUUGUUAGCUCGUCGCAGGUUCGCUCAUCUCUUCAGUCCCCACCGAGUGGUCUUGGGCAUUGGUAAUUUUGAGUCUUCAUUGCGAGAAGUCCAAGUUUAUCUAGUUUUCAAUACUGGGCUUUCAUGGAGAUGUCUGUAAGUCUGAUUGUGAGUAUAGCUGGUUUUUCACUGUUAUUUACAUGGAUUCUGGUAGAACUUUUUAUACAGAGGCAAAGAUAUUCAGAGAGUGAUCAGUUAAAACAUGGAGGAAUGGAGAAGAGAACAGUUUUUACGACGAUUGUACUUCUGUCCAACGUUUUAAUCUUUACUUUCCAUCUGGGUUUUUGUCUUUAUGAGGUUUGGAAGCUGAAAACAGUCCCCACCCAGUUAAUUUUCUCAGCAACAACCUGGGUUUUGGCAACUAUAUAUGCAUUCUACUCAAACUAUAGGAGUAUUUCAGGAGAGAAGAGGUGGCCUUCAGUACUAACCUUCUGGUGGAUCUUCUCCUGUAUUCUCAGUGCUUUCCAUGUUUUCAUAUACUUCCUAACCCAUUUGAAAUCUGGGAUCCCUCCUGAUUUUCUCCUAGAGCCUAAUGUUGCAGAGCUUGUUUCCUUCCCACUUUCACUACUUCUGUGUGUCAAUGCUUUCUGUUUCAGUUAUAACAGAAGAAUCCCGGAAAUUAAAGACCCACUUCUUCAGAAAGAGGAUAAUGAGGUUCCUCCAGAUUUUGAAACUUUCAGCAAUGCAGGGAUUUACAGUAGACUCACUUUCAGCUGGCUAAACCCACUUUUCAGAAAAGGUCGGACUCAGAAACUUGAACUACACCACAUUCCGGCGGACCCUGAAUCCGAAACAGCAGAGAAAUCUUACUCCUUGUUACAAGAAUGGCUUAGGAAACAAAAAAAUGGAACUUCCUCAUUGCACACAGCUAUAGCCUAUGCUUUCUGGAGACCUCUGCUUCUAAAUUCUCUUUUUGCAGGUGUCAACACAAUUGCUUCUUAUAUGGGUCCCUUCCUCAUCACAAACUUUGUUAAUUUCUUAUCGCAAAAAAGCGACGAUUCCAGCCAUGGAUAUGGACUGUGUCUUGCAUUAAUUUUCUUCUUGGCAAAGACAGUAGAAUCUCUGUCACAGCGACAAUGGUACUUCGGUGCUAACCGGAUCGGUAUUCAAGUCCGAGCAGCUGUUACAGUAUUAAUUUACAGGAAAUCCCUUUUAGUCAAGUAUGCCGGCCCAAGCAAUGGUAAAUAUGUAAACCUCAUCAAUGUGGAUGCUGAGAGGAUUGGGGACUUCUUCUGGUACAUCCAUGGUAUCUGGUUGCUGCCUCUCCAGGUCCUUCUAGCUCUUGUCAUUCUCUAUAGGAACCUCGGUGGGGUUCCCUCCAUUGCGGCACUUCUCACCACAGUUUUGGUGAUGAUUAGCAACACCCCAUUAGCCAAUUUGCAAGAAAGGCUACAUUCUAACAUCAUGGAAACAAAGGAUGCAAGAAUCAAAUUUACCUCAGAGAUCUUGAAAAGCAUGAAGAUAUUGAAGAUGCAUUCAUGGGAAACCACCUACUUGAGAAAGCUCAUGCAACUUAGAGAAAAUGAGAGAAGUUGGUUGAAGCUAUAUCUGUAUAUAUGCUCCAUUGUUGCCUUUCUCUUCUGGGCUUCACCAACUUUACUCUCAGUCAUUACCUUUGGUGUUUGCAUUCUAGUGGAAGCUCCAUUAACAUCUGGUGCUGUCCUCUCAGCUCUAGCCACUUUCCGGAUUCUACAAGAACCCAUCUACAAUCUCCCAGAGCUAAUCUCCAUGAUAGCUCAAACAAAGGUCUCAAUCGAUCGGGUCCAAGCUUUCAUCAGAGAAGAAGAUCAAAAGGUGCUGCAAUACAGUUAUACUCCUAUAGAGCCCGAUGUUGCAAUCGAGAUUGAGACAGGGGAAUACACUUGGGGAACAAGUAACACAAUUUCGAAGAAGCCAACAAUCAAAAUUUCCAAGAGGAUGAAUAUCAUGAAAGGUGAUAAGGUUGCUGUGUGUGGGUCUGUAGGUUCAGGGAAAUCAAGCCUAUUGUGUAGCAUACUUGGAGAGAUUCCAAGGAUUACAGGAGCGGGGAUCAAGGUGUAUGGAUCAGAGGCUUAUGUCCCACAAAGUGCUUGGAUUCAGACAGGAACAAUUAGAGAUAAUGUGUUGUUUGGUAAGGAAAUGGACAGCAGUUUCUAUAGAAAUGUUCUAGAAGGAUGUGCCUUAAAUAGAGAUAUCCAAAUGUGGAGUGAUGGGGAUCUGAGUAUGGUGGGAGAAAGGGGAAUGAAUCUGAGUGGAGGGCAGAAGCAAAGGAUUCAGUUAGCCAGAGCCCUCUACAGUGAUUCUGACAUUUAUCUACUAGAUGAUCCUUUCAGUGCUGUUGAUGCUCAUACAGGAGCACAUCUCUUCAAGGAAUGUCUAAUGCGAAUCCUGUCUCAGAAGACUGUCAUUUAUGUAACCCAUCAAUUGGAAUUCUUGAAUGCUUCAGAUCUUGUUUUUGCAAUGAAAGAUGGAGAGAUUGUUCAGUCAGGAAAAUAUGAAGACCUGAUUGCAGAACCUGAUGGCGAGCUUGUGAAACAAAUGGCUGCCCAUAGCAGAUCAGUAAGCCAAGUGGCCCCACCCCAAGCACAGAGCCUUUUAACCUUUGGAUCUGAUCAGAGGAAUCAAAUGGAAGUCAUAGAGGAAAAAAUGGAAGAUUCCAAUGGCAAUGGCAAACUUGUAAAGAAAGCUUCUGAUGUAGAAACUGAAUCUGGUAGUGUCAAAUGGAAAGUUUAUGUAACCUUCGUGACCUGUGCAUAUAAAGGAGCUCUUGUUCCAAUCAUAAUUCUUUGCCAAGUUUCGUUCCAGGUAUUACAGAUGGGAAGCAAUUACUGGAUUGCUUGGGCAAGUGAGGAGGGGAGAGUGAGUAAAGAUAAGUUGAUAGGGGUAUUUAUUUUGUUGUCUGGUGGAAGUUCCUUGUUCAUCUUGGGUAGGGCAGUUUUGCUAUCAACUGUCGCCAUUGAAACUGCUCAGAGGCUCUUUCUUGGCAUGGUUAACUCCAUCUUCCGAGCACCAAUUUCCUUCUUUGACUCCACCCCUACAAGCCGAAUCCUCAAUAGGUCAUCAACAGAUCAAAGCACCGUUGAUACAGACAUUCCUUACAGACUAGCAGGAUUAGCAUUUGCUCUUAUUCAGCUGUUGAGUAUCAUCAUCCUUAUGUCUCAGGUUGCCUGGCAGGUCUUCAUUCUGUUUCUUGGGAUCCUUGCCAUCUCCAUAUGGUAUCAGGCCUACUACAUCACCACUGCCAGGGAACUAGCCAGGAUGGUUGCAGCCAGGAAAGCUCCAAUCCUUCAUCAUUUCUCAGAGUCAAUUGCUGGGGCUGAAACAAUUCGCUGCUUCAAGCAGCAAGAUCGCUUUCUUGUCAAGAAUCUCAGCUUGAUUGAUGAGUACUCCCGUGUUGCUUUCCAUAAUUCUGCAACGAUGGAAUGGUUGUGUGUUCGAAUCAACUUCCUAUUCAAUCUUGUUUUCUUCCUUCUUCUACUAAUCUUAGUUAUCCUGCCAAGGGCAGCCAUUGACCCCAGUUUGGCGGGACUUGCAGCUACAUAUGGUUUGAAUCUAAACGUUUUACAAGCUUGGGUGAUUUGGAAUCUGUGUAAUGUUGAAAACAAGAUGAUCUCAGUUGAGAGAAUUCUUCAGUUCUCUAAUAUUCCAAGUGAAGCUCCAUUGCUAAUUGAAGAACGUAGACCAGAACCUGAAUGGCCAAUCCUCGGAACUGUCAAGCUUGAAAACCUCCAUAUCCGUUAUAGCCCCAUGCUUCCCAUGGUUCUUAAAGGAAUUAGUUGCACUUUCCCAGGUCAGGCAAAGAUUGGAGUGGUGGGCAGAACAGGCAGUGGCAAGUCUACUCUUAUUCAAGCUCUUUUCAGGGUGGUGGAGCCCUCAGAAGGAAGGAUUCUGAUUGAUGAAGUAGAUAUUUGUGAGAUAGGUUUGCAGGAUUUGAGGUCUAGAUUGAGCAUAAUUCCGCAAGACCCAACACUGUUUCAAGGAACUAUUAGAGCUAAUCUGGAUCCCUUAGAACAGCAUUCAGAUUCAGAAAUAUGGGAGGCUCUACGUAGGUGUAACCUUGCCGUUACAGUGAUGCAAGACCAAAUGCUUCUUGAUGCAAAAGUUGAAGAAGAUGGAGGAAACUGGAGUCUAGGACAGAGGCAGCUGUUUUGCCUGGCCAGGGUUUUGCUGAAGAAGAGAAGGAUUCUGGUGCUGGAUGAGGCUACAGCAUCUGUGGAUACUGCAACAGACAAUUUGAUUCAGAGGACAAUAAGAGAAGAAACAAGUAAUUGCACUGUCAUCACUGUUGCCCACCGAAUUCCAACUGUGAUCGACAAUGACCUCGUUCUUGUACUUGAUGAAGGCAAAGUUUUAGAGUAUGACUCCCCAACUCAGUUGCUUAAAGAUAACACUUCAGCAUUCUCAAAGUUGGUGACAGAGUUCUUAAAGAAAACAUCAAAAAGAGAACAUCAUUAGAGAUCAGGCAUGAAGCUUAGUCGUUGAAUCCACAUAAAUUAAGGGAACACAGUGCUGAUUUCUUUGGUUUCGUCCCAUCAAACAAGGUACUUCAUGA